GCCCUUCUGAGGUUAUAACUGUGACGUCAUGAUUGACAGCCGUAUUGGCCAAUCAGCGUGCUCACAAUCAAUGACGCUGCUCGUGAUUGGUCGAACGGGUGAAUGGGCGGGAACAGGAGCCCCUGGCUCCACUUCCCGACAUGGCUCCAAACAUCCAAGAUGGCAGCGGCUGUAUGUGAGCUGUUUGGCUUCGUGUUAGUGCAGCUGGAGGAAGUGACGCGCGUUGUUCUUCCUCGGCUCUUGUUAUUGAAGCAGAGUGUGAGCUUUAACCUCCGCAGCUCACCGGCCGCGUGACAGGUUCCGUCCUGUGCGGUGUGAAGACAAGAUGUCGGAGCAGACUCUGGAGUACUUGAUGAGCCGGGGUCACAUACAAAGGAGGGACGCUGCUGAGGUCAGCUGGUCUCACGCUGUGAACAGCCGCAGCCGGCUGACGGAAGCUCUCACGGGUCACACUCACAUGCUCGAGGCCGACGUCAUCAUCAGAGGUCAUGACCCCAGAGAGCCGAUCAUGGCGCACCCCCCUGACACAGACAGCGACAUCACACUGAAGGAGUGGCUGCAGGCAGUGAAGGCGCAGGACAAGGGGAUCAAGCUGGACUUCAAGAGCCUGGACGCGGUGUCUCCAUCUGUCCACCUGCUGCAGGACGAGCUGGACCAGCUGAGCCGUCCCGUGUGGAUCAACGCAGACAUCCUGUCAGGUCCUGGGGGACAGGUCAGACCUCUGGAGCCUCAGGCCUUCCUGUCUGCUGCCACAGCUCUCCCGUCUCACACUGUGCUGUCUCUGGGCUGGACCACAGGGUGGACUGCAGGGACAGACAGCCCAGGGUACAGCUGGGACAUGGUGCGUGUGAUGGAGGAGCUGUGCAGGGGUCUCGAACACCCGGUCACCUUCCCAGUGCGCGCCGCUCUCCUCUCCCAGUCCUUCUCCGAGCUCAGCUGGCUGCUGCAGCAGUCACACAGGUACUCUCUCACAGUGUGGACCGCACAGAGGGACGAGUACUCGCUGCAGGACUUCCUGUCCUACAGGAGACAGCUGGACGUCAGCAGGAUCUACUACGACCUGCCGGACCCUCAGAGGACAGAGCUCAGUGAGACAUCACAAGACGACAGCUGAGAGUCUGCAGCACAGAGGGACAUGUCUCAUCUGACAGACUGAAGUGGAGACAGGAGAGUGGAACUGUCUCUGGUCCACCUGCCCUCUGGUCCAUCUAGUCCCUCUGUCCUC